GGAAAUCCAAACCUACAUACUUCGCAAUUAUGUGAUUAAAUUAGUAGAACAAGUCCAACUCAACUUUGCAACUAACAAAACGAACGAAGCUCUGAUUCGUUUCGUUUCUCUCCGGCAAAGCCUAAGUGUAGCCUGUUCCACCCAAAUUUGAAAUGAAAUCUUCCUAGGCUAGGCUAGCACCUUUUACUCAAUUCCUUGUCUGCUUUAUGCUUAAUGUCUACGUAAUUUUUUUAACUUUGAUUAGUUUAGAUGAACUGUCUGAAGAGCCACUGCCUCCCCUUGCCCUUCCAUUCUCCUUCUCCUCUGUUUCUGUUCAGCAGCACCCAACUUAAAACAUGGUCGCCGCAGCUCUCCUUCUCCACUCCACGCCGUUCGCGCCGUUCUCGCCUUCCAAGGAAUCCAAACUACGACAACCACAACCUUAGCCUUAGACGGAGCAUCGAGUUCCAAAACUCCCCAGACAACCCCACUGUCAAAUUGGUCCUCGAUUUUGACCAGAUUUCUUCCCUGUCUUCUUCCAAUCUAAACCGCCUCAUCUCUUUCUCCACAGACGCUUUCCAGGACCUCCGCAAUUUGGUUCAAAUCGAUCCUGAUACUCGGACCCUUCAACUAUCCUGCCGCAAGUCCACCCUUCAAUUUCUUGCUGCUUUCCUCACUUGUGGCUUCGUCAUUGUUUUUGCUUUCACAGUCUUGGUGAAGCUGGGGUUGGGCUUGAAAGCUCGCUUUAGGCCUAAACACAAGGUUAUUGUUAGGAGGGACCGGAGUCUUGGAGGAAGAGAGGUGGUUGUAGGGACAAAGAGGGAUGGGGGUGACCCUCCUAGUUUCAGGGCUUUGGACAAUCCAUUAUCCUUAUCCGCGGCUCGGCCUCUUAGCACCAAGACCAAUUAUCCACGCCUCCAAGUCCAGCUCGGGGACAAGUUGCCAAAAUGGUGGCCGGAAAUGGAUUCAGUGCCCAAAGAAGGUUCCGUCUUCAAUUCCGAGUACUACCAGACUCAGGCCAACAGAUUGAUCAGAGCAAUCAUCGACAGUAGAUUGGGUGGAAAGGACAUCACCGAGGAGGACAUAAUUCAAUUGCGUCAAAUAUGCAGGACAUCUGGUGUACGGGUCUCCAUAGCCACAACAAACACUCGGGAUUCAUUCUAUCGUGCAUCUGUUGAGUUGGUUUUAAAUGUUUGCAGCAGGGCGCCAAGUCACUCUAGCCAUGUUCAGAUUGAUGGUGAAGAUGCUCGGCAAUUCCUUGCUGGGCUAGCUGAAAAUAUUGGACUUGAUAACACCCGUGCUGCCCGAAUGGUAUCUGCUGGUGUUGCUGCACGCACACGCUUUUGUUUUUUGCAGGCUUGGGCUUUUGAAAUGCAAGGUAAACAUAGUGAGGCAAUAUUGGAGCUGUCGAAGAUAUGUCUUGUUCACCGAAUCUUUCCUCCUGAAGAGUCCUCUCCUGAGAUGGAGAUGGUGGCUCGAGGAUUAGAGAAGCUUUUGAAGGUGGAGCAGAGGGAACUGCUGAUGGGAAUGCUGGUUGGGGUCUGUAGCGGAGAAAGUCGCAGAAGUGCAGCAGAAGCUCUGGGCUUGGUCUGUUGACAAUAUUCUUUCUACCCAAGGUCCUAAGAGACUAGGCUAGAAUAGACAGUAUUCGGAAUAAUUAGGAGAGCAAAAAAAAGAAAGCUCAAAUAUGUAAAAUUUCAAUUGACAUGACCUUCACUCCAAUAGACGAUAGCUUAGCCAAUUUGUAUUGUUAUCAUUAUGAAAAUAAUUUAAAUGUAAGUACUUGAUUUCAGGUUUUUUAA